UUAAUACUGGCUAGACCGCUUUGCAGCAAGGUAUUUGAUGACAGAAAAUGAGAUUUAUUUUUAGUCAUAUUCUGGUUCAGUUCAACUGGAUAGAGUCUAGAGAGGAGACUAAUAAUAAAUUGAUAAGAACUGUAUCAGCGUCAUACACAGCUUUUCUGCAGAGAACAUGACAAUCGACUUUUAUUACAUGGACAUAAGUCCUCCAGUAAGGGCGGUCAACUUAUGUUUGGCGGCGCUCAAUUUGGAAGUAAACAGGAAGGAAAUAAAUCUAUUCAACAGGGAAAACUUGGAGCCUGCUUUUAUACAAUUGAAUCCUCAACACACAAUCCCAACUAUAGUUGAUGAUGGAUUUGUUCUCUGGGACAGUCAUGCAAUCAACGCUUACCUGGUUUCAAAAUACGCCAAAGAUGACUCGCUCUACCCAAAAGAUAUCCAAAAAAGAGCUAUCAUCGACCAAAGAUUGCAUUUUGAAGGAUCUGUCCUUUUUACUCAUGGAGUGAGAUGCUUCCUCCCUCUAUUUUUCGGAUUAUCUAAAACCAUCCCGGAAGAUCAGAGGAGUCAGACAGACCAAUACUAUGAGAUUGUGGACAAAUUCCUCGAAGGCAACACAUGGAUCGCUGGUGAUCAGCUGACUAUUGCUGAUUUCUCAUACAUUUCUACCCUCAGCGGACUCUCACAAAUAUUCACCGGCGUGGAGAAAUACAAGAAUAUUUCCACUUACAUGGAUCGCUGCAAGGAAAACAUGAAGGAUUAUGAUUCAGCCAAUCAGCAAGGAGUUGACAAAUACGUUGGUAUACUCAAGAACAUUCUACAGUCUGAAUAAUAUAAUUUCACAGAAGUCUGAGAGUUUUUCAAUAUAUUACAAGUUCAACUUAAUUUUUUGUAUUUCUUUAGUGAACGUUCUUUGUACGGUAAGUGUUUUGUCAUAAACAGAACUAAAUUAUUGUUAACUCAAUUGAAUAUUUCUUGAAAAAUGAAUGUCUGUUGUCUUCUCCCAAUCAUAUUAUACUGUAAUAAUGAUUUUGUGAUUGUCAAAUGAAUAAAUACAUAAAAAAUAUGUAUUUAUUUAUAAUUUACAAUCAACUUAAGGAUAAAGAAACAGACUACAGACUAAAACUAUUGGCAUGAAAAAUAAGAAACUAAUUUUUCCCUUUUUGCGUAGUUGAGAAGUUGAUAUUGUGGUAAUUAUUCAUAUUGAAUGAAAAAGACUAAGAAAUUGU